GCAGUCUGAAUCGCUGAGAAGAUGGCGGUGCGUGUAAUGCGGGGAGGUGAGGGCGGCCCGGGGAAUCCCAUAGGUGCAGCGGCCAGAGAACAUGUACAAGCGGUGAGCCGAGACUACCUGUCCCAGCCCAGGCUGACUUAUCGCACUGUGUCUGGUGUUAAUGGGCCCCUGGUUAUCCUGGACAAUGUCAAGUUCCCCAGGUACUCAGAGAUUGUUCACCUGACUCUCCCCGAUGGCACAAAGAGAAGUGGGCAGGUACUCGAGGUCAGCGGAUCCAAAGCUGUGGUACAGGUGUUUGAGGGCACAUCCGGCAUUGAUGCAAAGAAAACCUCAUGUGAGUUCUCUGGGGAUAUUCUCAGGACACCAGUAUCCGAGGACAUGUUGGGACGUGUAUUUAAUGGUUCCGGAAAGCCUAUUGAUCGUGGACCCAGUGUUUUAGCUGAGGAUUAUCUAGACAUAAUGGGGCAGCCCAUAAACCCCCAGUGCAGAAUCUACCCUGAAGAAAUGAUCCAGACAGGGAUCUCUGCUAUAGAUGGUAUGAACAGCAUUGCCCGUGGUCAGAAAAUCCCUAUUUUCUCUGCUGCUGGUCUUCCACAUAAUGAGAUUGCAGCUCAGAUCUGUCGUCAAGCAGGUCUGGUGAAGAAAUCCAAAGAUGUAAUGGAUUAUAGUGAGGAUAACUUUGCCAUAGUCUUUGCUGCUAUGGGGGUUAACAUGGAGACUGCCCGAUUCUUCAAGUCUGAUUUUGAGGAGAAUGGCUCCAUGGACAAUGUGUGUCUCUUUUUGAACCUGGCCAAUGACCCCACAAUUGAGCGUAUUAUCACCCCACGUCUUGCCCUUACCUCUGCGGAGUUCUUGGCCUAUCAGUGUGAGAAGCACGUACUGGUGAUCCUGACUGACAUGAGCUCCUAUGCUGAGGCUCUGAGAGAGGUAUCUGCAGCUAGAGAAGAAGUCCCUGGUCGCCGAGGCUUCCCAGGUUACAUGUACACUGAUCUGGCUACAAUCUAUGAACGAGCUGGGCGUGUGGAAGGAAGAAAUGGCUCUAUCACUCAGAUCCCUAUCCUUACCAUGCCCAACGACGAUAUCACUCACCCCAUUCCUGACUUGACUGGAUAUAUCACUGAGGGACAGAUUUACGUGGACAGACAGUUACACAACAGGCAGAUCUACCCACCCAUCAAUGUGCUUCCCUCACUUUCCCGUUUGAUGAAGUCGGCCAUUGGGGAAGGCAUGACAAGAAAGGACCAUUCAGAUGUAUCUAAUCAGCUGUAUGCCUGCUAUGCCAUUGGAAAGGACGUACAAGCCAUGAAGGCCGUAGUUGGAGAGGAGGCUCUGACCUCCGAUGAUCUUCUGUACUUGGAGUUCCUACACAAAUUUGAAAAGAAUUUUAUUGCGCAAGGUCCUUAUGACAACCGCACAGUUUACGAAACGUUGGAUAUUGGAUGGCAGCUUCUUCGAAUCUUCCCCAAAGAGUUGCUGAAGAGAAUUCCCCAGAGCACCCUGGCAGAAUUCUACCCCCGAGACUCUUCUGCCAAGCACUGAGCAGCCGCCUCAUCUAUCUCCAUGUGUUCUUUACCCUGCACUUACUCCCCUCUCCUCCAUGUGUGCCGUUUACAGGUUCUUGUCCAUCAUGGAGUCACUCACAGGAAGGGAGCAGCGACGAGAUAUUAGCCACAAAGAUAGAAUGGCAAUACAAAAAUCCCACUUUUAUUCUAUCCAUUGACUGUGGAUUUCAUUCAUGUCAAAUCUUAAGCAUCUCAAUAUGAUCCAGUAGCCGCGGUUUUGUACGCUAAUGUGGUGCAAGAUGAAGUGCUCUAUGUUCCCCUUGUGUGGCAUGCGUAUAUUUAUUGUGUAGCAGUGCCUGUGAUUUUACCGGGGGCAGUUGAUACUAAAUUCUAGAAACCCACAAGCGACAUUAUCGUGGCAAAUCCCUAAUUACAAACUAGGCAAAAAGCCCUGGAAGCACAUGUGUUUAUAGGAAUUUAGCCCUGCGCAUGUACCGGUUGGUUAUAGUGAUGCCCAGGGCUUUUGCCAUUUCCAGCACUGUUUCCUGCUGCCUGACUCCAUGCCUGUCCCUUUGCCCACCCAUAGGCACCAGAAACUGGUAGAAGAGUGCAGGGAGGCAAUUGUCUUUGGUACCAGAUUCCUCCUGCGUUCCUUUGGAUAUUCUCCCCCCCCCUCCCUUUCUGUUUAUUUGCUUUUUCCUCUGUUAUCUAACUCCCUGCAGGACCUACAUCUCCCACACAGUCUGCCAUUUUUACUUGCUCCGAAAUGUUAGAUUUUCCGUCAUCCUUCCUAUUUCAAGAUUGGUCUUAUUUCGGCACGCCCUUCCCAGUCUCUCAGAAUGCAGGCUGUUACUAUGGGGGGAAGUUUUGUGUUAUUUUAUGUGAAUUUGGUGCAAUAGUUUGCUGUCUGGUUCAUUCCAUCUGUAUACGGUGUAUAAAUUUAUUGCUGAAUGUCAAAUCAAAGUAAAUAUUACAUUUAAUGUU